AGUUUCUUUCAAAGAAUUUCCAAAAAGAAUGGCAAGGCCGAGGCGGCGAUUCCAGAGCAAUAGCAUGCUGUAUAUGAUGGCGAUGCACGCCGCCACAAAUUUACUGCAACAGCCAAGGAAGCCUGUGGUGACGGCGGCACUUAUAGCUGCGCAGACUUUGAUUCACUUACGGCCUGGAAAGCUUGAUGCCAUCCUUCCGACGUUGUCUGAAGUUUGCCUUAAUCCAUAUUUCGUCGUUAAGAACCGGGACUUGAAGCGGCUGUGGUUAUCUGCAUUGUAUCAUGUCGAUGAAACACAUCUCGUCUACAACAUGAUAUCUUUAACGUGGAAAGGCAUUCAAUUGGAGAAUUCUAUGGGGAGCCAAAAUUAUGCAGCGAUGGUGGCUGUGCUGCUUGGUCUCUCCUCCAGCCUUGUUGUAGCUUCAUCCUCAUUCCUCGCAUUCAUAGCAGACUCUCCCACCUCCUUUUACUCGGAAUGCUCCGUGGGGUUUUCAGGUGUUCUGUUUGCACUGAAGGUGGUGCUCAACUACAAUUCUCCGACCCACACCAACGUAUACGGAAUCCUUGUACCCUCUCGCUACGCUGCUUGGGUGGAGCUUCUCGUAAUUCAGAUGUUCGUCCCUGGGACCUCCUUCCUCGGCCACCUCUGUGGCAUCCUGGCAGGACUCAUAUACGUAAACACUCCUGGAGUCGUUUCUGGCACUCUCAGCAUGUGGGGUGUGCUGCCAAUGAUGCUGGGAGCCUUGUCAUGGCCCGUGAGGCAACUCGGUCGGUUCGUGCGGGGAUCCAGCGGUCGCACAUUCGGCCGUGGAACUGUUGGAUCCUCACGAGCCACUCGCCCCGCCUCAAGUCCUUUAAGGGAUCGAGAAGGUAGCGUGUGGCGAUGCGAGGCUUGUACUUACGACAACAGCACCGUCGUGGAUACUUGCGACAUGUGUGGUACGCGUCGUGGCAGGGAUGUGAGAUCUGAAGCUGGCGAUGCAAGGAGAGGCACGUCGAACUCGCCCAUGUCUAGAGAAGAGCUGCGACAGGCUCGCCUGUCCCGCUUCAACAGAUAACCACUCAGCUCGUGCUUCCCUUACUCAGCCAGAAUUCAGCCACCACAAGGAAGAGCUCAACAAGGCCAUGUACAAAUCUACAAGACGAUCCUCGCAUUCUCGAUCCCGUCUUCGCAAAUGGAUCAACGAAUCCGUAGAAUGGAGGAGACGGCAGAGGGAACAGGGGAGAAGCUAUAGCGUGGCACAUACAGAGGUGGACUGUUGCGCCGGUGGGUUUGCUCCUCAGCAAUGUGGCGGGCCCCGGUAUAUACCGGUAGCCGGUAGCUGAGGUCUCUUGUGUAUUUCGUGGAAGUUCUAUUGCUUUUUGAAGUGGCGCGAAGGUUGUGGAUUCUAUUCUUUCAUUAUUGUUCUUCAGGUCUUUAAAUUUUUAUUUUUUAUGUAAUUUUGAUGUAAUUUAAAAUUAGUUAUCAAAUUAAAAACCUUACAUUAAAAAAUG